CCAACCCAGAAAACAGCAGAAGAAAGGCUAACGAAUCGAGUGAUGCAGACGAGGACGCGAAACUAAAGGCAUACGACUCGAGCCAAAACCUGAAAACGAAGUAAAAUUACACCAACGAAAACGCGCUGACGCUUGAGCCCCUAUUUGAUCUCGUAAACUUUGCAAAUGCACAACGCCUCAGGAAUCGAUUUUCAUUUUCUUUGCCAUAAACAAACAAAUCAACACGAAAUACAUCACAAGAACAGUAACAAAUUUAGCAUUUAAUGCCGAUUAUCUGAAAUGUCUUAGCUAAAAAUCGUGAGUCGAGCCGUCGAAGUAAGUGGAAACAACAAUCUCAGACGCUUUCGGAGUGUUGGCGAUUCCGUCGUUCAACAAGCCGGAAUCAUCGCCACUGGAGGUUCUAGACACAUCCAGGACUGCAUUGUAAUUUCACACGGCGCUAGGAGUUUUAAAAGCUUUAGACAGACGGUGAAAAGAUUGGAAGAAGCUUCGGUGUCGUGUAAGGGGAUAGAGAGAGUUCUGAUGUUAAGAAGAUGGUUGGCUGCUUUAAAAGGAGUUGAGAGAGUAACUGCAUUUUAUCUUGUAAAGGAUUCCCUAGACCAGCUCAAUUUUGACGAGGCUAAAGAUUCUGUUCGGAGACCUACUUUGGUUUAUUAUGCGGACCCUGACAUGGAUACUGGGCCCAGGAAUUUUCGUGAUGUUUUCCUUUACAGUCAAGCACUUGAAGGCAUAACAAUGUCUAUGGUAAGUUCAGUUUAUGCAUUUGCAUUAUUCAAAUUCUUGAAGAACCGACUGAGGAGGGAGCUUCUCUAUUACUGGAGAUAUUUGGGCUUUGUCUUGCAGGAGGAAGGAAAUUCACAAUGCAGUAAUGAGUAGCAUACAGAAUUUAGCAACAGCAUUCUCAAAAUACCAGGACGAAGUAUGUCUUUGGCAUACAUUUGCAAAUAUCAGUGAAGAUAAACCAUUAAUCCUACUCUUAAAGAUAUUGAACUGGAGAGGAGCAUGCUGUUAGAAUGAAGGUCACGUAAGGAAUAAAACUAACAAAAAAGGGAAUGCUGGCAGCAAUCCGAGAGAAGCCACUGGAGAUCAGUAAAAUGGAGCAGAAGCAGUAGACCAGCUUCAACUGAGGAUGAAAGCAGCAAACUUGCAUCAGAAGCCAAGAGGUACCAUAAUAACACCUAAAGCUGAUGUGGCAUUACAAGAGCGGGAAAGUAACAGUGAAAAUCAUGAUAUAAAAAGGGGAGGAAGAGAAAAAGGAGGCAGGCAAUUAAGAAGAAAGAGAGUAGCAGGGAGAGGCCAACCUCUCGGGGUUUGGAAAACUGCAGGGAAUUGGUUUUGGCUGUGUACUUUUGGUUUUGUGUUUUGAUUGCACGUGAAAGUAAAUUAAUGUAAAUGAUUUGAAUACUGUGGAAGAACAGUUUAUUCAUUGCAGUAAUUUGAAUCAAUACAAGUGAUUUGCUACUGUUUGUGUUGUUAA